GUCAAUUGUGUGUACAUUUUAUUACACUCUUUUCCCAUCAACCCUUUCAUUUUUCUUUAAUUUUAGUCACAUGUUGACAGUAAUAAGCUUUAAAAACUUUCAUAUAUCAAGAUACAGACACAAAGUAGAAACUAAAGUGGCUCAUAAUCAGUAGCCUUUUUCAGUGAUCACUUUUGGUCGGAAAAUGGGCAAGAAAGGCGGCGGCUGGUUUUCGUCGGUGAAGAAGGUUUUCAAGCAGUCCCCCACAAAAGAAUCCCCACAGAAAAAGAAGGAAAGUGUGGAGAAAUGGCAUUAUGAAGCUCCGGAGGUGGUGUCACUCGAGCAUUUCCCAGCCGCGAGCUCGCCCGAUUUCACGAAUGGGGAGAGCAUAGAGUCGUCGUCUUCCCCUAUGGCUAUGGGAAAGGAUCCGAACCGUGCUAUGGCUGUGGCCGCGGCUACUGCAGCCGCAGCCGCCAAAGUCAUUAGGCUGUCCGGGUACGGGCGCCAGUCUAAGGAGGAGAGGGCCGCGACACUCGUACAAGCCCACUACAGAGGAUAUCUGGCAAGGCGGGCCUUGCGCGCCCUCAAGGGGCUGGUGAGGCUCCAGGCGCUCGUUAGGGGUCACAACGUGCGGAAGCAGGCGCACAUGACCAUGCGGUGCAUGCAGGCGCUUGUUCGCGUGCAGGCACGCGUACGCGCUCGUAGGCUCCAGCUUCAGAGCAAGCUGGAGGAGGAGAGGCGAAAGAAGAUCAAGAGUCAAAUGAACAAGUUUGAGAGUGAGCAAUGGGAUAGGACCAUGAGUAGAAUGAGAGAUAGCCCUAGAAGAAAAUUGCACUUUGAAGUCAAAAGAGAGAGAGCUGUAACCUACAAUCAGCAACAAAUGGUGUCACGAUGGGGUUGGAAUUGGGCCGAUGGAUGGAUGGAUGACGACUCCAUCGAAAUGGGGCGAAUCGAAUCACAACGACCGGCCAUGGACAACGUCCCAAGCUACAUGGCCCCGACACAAUCUGCUAAAGCAAAGGUACGGACUCAAGGCCCAACUAAACAACCCGGCCCGCUAGGGAAUACGUGGAACUAUUCUACUAAGAGAGUCGGUGGAUACGACUCGUCGAGUUCGGGUGGAGGGACACCUUAUCAGCCUCAGAGAAGCCCGAACCCUAAAGAUGGUAAGUGCUUGUGCAGCCCGGAAUCUAGCACUGAGGGCAAGUCUUUUUCAUCGGGUUGGAGACAUACUUCCGGCUCAUAUUAUUUAUAUUAAUAUAACUACUGUUGAUUUGUGACCAAGCCUGUAUAACUUAUGAGAAAACGUUCUUCAUUAAAUAUUUUGUCAUCGGUUAGAGCAUAUAUGUACAAGAAAAAUGUAUAGUAGUAGUAUUUGUUAUGAUUAAUUUAUUUUCUAGCUUAAUGUAUUACUAUAACAUAUAGACUAAUAAACACCAAAUUAAUACUAUUGUGUUUUCAACUCUUUU